AUGGCUGACGGCGGUAUUGAUCGCAAGGCCGAUGAGAAGAUUCAGUUCUCCACCUCGAAGGAGGUUACGGUUCAUCCGACUUUCGAGUCGAUGUCCCUGAAGGAGUCUCUCCUCCGCGGUAUCUACGCCUACGGAUAUGAGUCCCCCUCCGCUGUCCAGUCCCGCGCCAUCGUUCAGAUCUGCAAGGGUCGCGACACCAUCGCCCAAGCCCCAGUCCGGUACCGGUAA